UCUCACACGUCCUGUCCGUGUGUGUUCCUACAGAUAUGGUUGUGCCAGAAUCUGGUGAAACUCAGCAGUCAGUUUGUGAAGCUGCUGGUGGGCCCACAGAGACAGACAUGUAUGUUUCAGAUCAAGAGGAUCUUAGGCUUCUGCUGCAGGCUCCUACAGAACUGCAGGGACGACAGUUUAAACGUGACAGUCCCCAUGCGGAUGCUAGACAUUUUUUCAUCAGAGAAAACCUAUCUUCCCGUUAUUCCAGAUGCUAGCUAUGUAGCUUCAUUACUCGAGCAGAUUUUGCACUAUAUGGUACAAACAGGAUACUACAAGUCUCUGUUUAUUCUGGUGAACCACAGACUCCCCUCCAGUCUGGAGUACAGCGACGCUCCGUCGAUCCCAAUGGCGACGACUCUGCUGGAGCACAUCCUGAAGCCUCUGCACUUUAACUACUCCUCCUGCACAGCAGGCGCAAGGUACAGCGCCACAUUCGACCUACUGCCAUACAUUCACAAUACGAGCAAUAGACUUGAUCUAUUUAUUCAACUAGGGGCUGCACGACUCAGAAAAAAGGACUAGUUGAGAUUAUCUUUCUUAGAAAAUGCCAUUGUGAUA